AUGCUGGGAAGUUCAAGAUUCCUCCUUCGACGAAUAUCUUUAUCUGCGCGACUUUUGGCGACUGAUUCUAAGAAAAAAACUAUCGAAGACAUUACCCAAGAAAUGCUCCAAGCUCCUGUGUCAAGAGUACCACCAACAGUGCAAAGAUUUGUGAGCGCAUUUCGCCAAAAAUUUCGAUCCGAUGGUCUUGAUCCGUCAGUAAAAUCUAUUCUAGACCGAGCUUCCGCACAAUUAUACUAUAAUUGCGCUGAUAAUUUCGAUUUCCCAAAGUUAUGUGAAGCAUUCGGUUUGGGAGAUUAUAUGUCAUCAUGGUAUAAAUUAACACUUAUGCAUACUUGGAUGGUCUUGAUGAGGUUACACGGAGAAUUCGACGGAAAAGCAUAUGUGAGACUCCAACACGGAUUGUUGUCCACGAUGUGGCUGGACAUUGAUAACAGAUUGAGUAUUGUAAGUAAAGAAUUAGGACAAGUGGUGACAUCAGAAAGCGACAUGAAGCACAUGCAUGGUGUGCAUUUGCAAACAUUUUUCGAAUAUGACGAGGGUUUCCUAAGUGACGAUCGCGUACUUGCCGGUGCUGUUUGGCGUUGUCUGUAUAUGUCGAGACCUGUUGAUCCAAUUCAUUUAUUGCGUGUCGUCACUUACAUCAGAUCAACUGUCGCUUGGCUGGAAACGUGUUUCCUCAUGGCCAAACCACCAUUUCCUUCAUCGACCUUGAAAUGGUGCCAGCAAGAAUUUUGGCCGAUUUGCGAAGGGUUUUCAAUGGUUGCCCGAAGUCAGAUUGGCUAUGAUGCCAGAAGAGCAGAAGUCAGAUUAAGGAGAAAAGCACUUGAAGUGGCAGUUUGUGGAGGGAAAGAAGUUGACCCAUUAGAGACACCGAACACUAAAAAUGAUCCACUUUUCCCAACAUCAAACGAAGCAUUGCAACGGGCUCGAGUUGUUGCCGCAGGAAUCGAGGCAUUUGCAAAAUUACUAUCUUCUGGAGUUUAUCCGGGCGCUGGUGGUUAUACUCUGUCUGAAAAUGGAGAAAAACUAUACGUGAAGCAAUCAUUGCCACUUCAAACCUCGGUUAUUUCGAAUUUGAUGAAAACUGCUGAGAAAGUUGGACAAGGUGUUAUGAAAGUCGCCCCGUUUCCUCUUCCAGUUCUCACCCAACUUGGCACUUGGGUUUUAACAAAUCCCAAAGCCGAAUUACCUCUUCCGGCACAAUUCAAAACUAUUCCACAAAUUGCUCAACUCGAACAACUUAUUCAAUCAGUUCUAGGAGUUUCUUCUUCGAAUUCAACCAAUAAUAUUGAGCCAACGAAAUUGAAAUUGCGAGGUUUGACAAAAAAAUUUAGAAUAGAUGAAAUUCCGUUAGAUAGCUCCUUAAGCAAGGAAGAAGCUGAUUUCUUAUUAAGAGCUGCUCAGUCUGUAGAAGACGAUGACGCUGUUUCUAAAAUUUAUGGAAAAAGUCGUGAAACAACUUUAGAAGCAGUUGAAGCUCAAAAGGUCGCAGAAAAUCAAUCUUCUGGUCCGAUUGUGUACAGACCCGAACUUCCAAAAGAUUAUGAAUUGAAUUUAAACGCGGGUAAUACGCAUUCGUUAACGAGAAGUAAUGAAAGUAAAGUGCCAUCUACUCGCAUUGGAAGGUUAGCCACAUUUGGAUCAUUAGCUUUCGGCCUUUUGGGUGGUGCUGCUGCUGAAGUGACUCGUCGUACUGUCGGAAUGGGGCAAAAAGCAGUGACUUCUCCAAAAAAUCCAUUCCUUUCUGAAGCAAACGCUGAUCGAAUUGUCGCCACAUUGUGUCGGGUACGCGGUGCUGCUUUGAAACUUGGUCAAAUGCUCUCGAUUCAAGACAGCUCGACAGUUCCGCCGGCUUUGUUGCAAGUUUUCGAACGGGUCCGUCAAAGUGCGGAUUUUAUGCCACUCAAACAGGUUCACAAACAAAUGCGCGAAGCGUUUGGAGACGAUUGGAGAGACAAAUUUGCAGAAUUCGAUGAAAAACCAUUCGCAUGCGCAUCGAUCGGACAAGUUCACAAAGGAAAAUUGCACGAUGGACGAGAAGUGGCCAUCAAAAUUCAAUAUCCCGGAGUAGCUGAAGGAAUUGACUCGGAUAUUGACAAUUUAGUCUCAGUUUUGUCCGUUGGCGGAAUAUUUCCAAAAGGAAUGUAUCUUGAUUCUUUUGUGAAAGUGGCUCGCCGAGAAUUGAAACAAGAAUGCGAUUAUGAACGAGAAGCGAGAGCAAUGCGGAAAUUCCGCGAAUUGAUUGGAGACUGGAAGGAUGUUUAUAUUCCGGAGGUUAUCGAUGAACUCUCAUCGUCGCGAGUUCUCACAACCCAACUCGUAUAUGGAAAACCAGUAGAUGCUUGUCUCGAAGAACCGCAAAUUGUCCGCGAUUAUAUUGCCGGAAAGUUCAUCGAGCUGUGUUUGAAAGAGAUCUUUGUAUGGCGAUUCAUGCAAACUGAUCCGAAUUGGUCAAAUUUCUUUCUUGGCAAACAUCCAAGUACGGGCGAACCGUGCAUCAUUCUUCUUGAUUUCGGAGCAUCGCGAUCUUAUGGAAAAAAGUUUGUCGACAUUUAUAUGAAUAUUAUCAAAGCGGCGUAUGAUGGCGACACAAAGAAGAUUAUCGAUUAUUCGCGGGAAAUUGGAUUCCUCACGGGAUACGAGACUUCGAUAAUGGAACAAGCGCAUGUCGAAUCGGUGAUGAUCAUGGGAGAAACAUUGGCAAGCAAUCAUCCGUAUGAUUUCUCAAAACAAGACGUCACUACCAGGAUUCAGAAGUUGAUUCCAGUGAUGUUGGAGCACAGGCUAACAUCUCCUCCUGAAGAAAUCUAUUCACUUCAUCGUAAAUUGUCCGGCUGUUAUCUUCUCGCUGCCAAAUUGAAAGCUACCGUAUCCUGUGGCGGUCUAUUUCAUGAAAUCAAUACAAAUUACCAAUUUGGUGAUGAUGGAAAUGAUAUUGAUAUUGAUACUGUUGAGAAAUCGGCAUAA